AUGGCAUCCCUAGCUAGAGGCAUCAGCUCACUGCUACCUCUGCUUGGCCAGCCAGCCACGGCAACACCGAAUAAUGAGGAAUUAUUGUCCCUAGAUCUGGAGGAAAAUGAUUUUCUGUAUCGGAUAAGGAGAAAUUCGCGGAUCGUAUAUGUUUCGAUCCUUGAUGAAGAUAUCCUUCCGCCUGAUUGCAGAACAGAUGGCUACCGAGUUCUUUCGAAGCUGCGAAAAAUUCCGAGGUGGGAGGAUAAAUGGGAAACGCUUACUGUUCGAAGGAGCUUCCAGGGCAUCGAGAGCACCCCAGACGAAUUUUCGCCACACGGACUGGACCUCGGACAGAUUAAUAUUCCUUCUACCAUCUUUAUUAACCUUUUAGACCUGACAACAAUUUCUCGUAUCAGUGAUCGUAUCUCUCGUGUAAGGUGUGGUGAUGGGACGUGGAUACUAAAGGUUGCACGAUUUAAACAUGAAAUUCCGGCCUUACAGCGAGAGGUUUCGGUAUACUCUACUCUAACAUUGUCUGGCUUUCCACAUGCGCCGAGAUUUAUUGGCUUCGUCUACGAGGAAACAAAGGCUCGAAUAGUUGGCUUCUUAAUGGAGGAAAUUUCGGGGAAACCCCCAGAUAUACAAAAUCUUAAAGAUUGCACGGAAGCUGUCCAUCUGCUGCAUACAUUUGGAAUCGUUCAUGGGGACCUCAAUAAAUACAACUUCCUGAUAACAGAGCACGGUGUGAAGGUCUUUGAUUUUGAAAACUCCGCUGUUCAAGGAAAUGUGGAUCCAGCGGUAGCUGAGGAGGAAAUAAAAGCCCUUGCAGUCAAAUUGGAGGACAAAUCAGGUAUUGGCAAGCGUUAA